GUUCCAGGUACGUAUCCUCAAAUAUUCAUUCGUCUGUUUCUUGGCAAUGAUUCAAGGUAACGAGUAACGAUUCAAGCGGAAUCGGAUAUUUGCACGUUCGCGACGAGGACGGAACAUUUUCACAUGGUUAACAAACCAUCGACGGCGUUGUUCACAUCGGACACCAGGCCGAAAGCCUUGAGGGAAUUGUACGAGGCUGCCGCUAUAGUCGCUGUCAGAAGUUUGGAUAGCUUGAGAAGGGAUGGCAGCUCCAUGGAUAUGUUCCUCUGCACGCCCGUCCUUGGCAAGAGAAGGCGAGACCAAAGUCUCGACAUCGAAUCCAGGAUCCCGGCCGCUAUCGAGGAUCUGCGAAGAUGGACGUCCACCGAGGCGCUCGGGGACGUUACAGUGCCACCCGAUUGCAUGUCCAGGAUCCUGGGAGAUACGACGACCGACGACGCCGUCGAUCACAAGCUUCCCAGCCCCGAGGAGCAGGUUCAAGCCAUCGCUCUCAAAUUCCCGGCGGAAAUCGUGGCGGUGGACGUAAGCGGAAAAGGAUUCGAGAGAAUGUCGACGAGGAGAAGAUCUCUGCUGUCCGGGCCGGAGAGCCAGGAGACAGCGGUGAAGAGACGAUCCCGGCCUCGAAGGCCCAGAGGAAAGAGACGAAACACGAUCGCUGGUACCGAUCAGAAGGAAAUUCGACAAGCUAUAGGAGGAGAAACGACGGGAGAGGAGGCGGAGGAGACGAUAUCGAACAUGGGAUCGAGAGCUCAUCGAUCAGCGAGCACGGACAUAUUGGGUUCGUCGAAGAAGGACUCGCCCGCGGAGAAGAAGUCUCACUUCAACACGUUGAAGGCGUGGGGUAUGUCCAGAUUGAAACUGAUCAGCCCGAAAUCGAGUCAGCAACAGCAGCAACAGCAACAACAGCAGCAGCAGGAGCAACAGCAGGAGGGGACAGAGAGAAAUGAUGCGAAUGGGCAGGCGCAGGAAGGACAAGUCUCACGAGAGGAAGCCGAGCUCGUCGAGCUCGAGCGGGAAGAGCACCUCGAGCAUAGCUGUAUCCGUGCCGAGCGGCGAGAGACAACCGAGCGUGAAAUUGCGCGAAAGCGCGGCCAAAGGAGGGAAAGACGAAAGGGAGGAAGCAGGGACGAGCCGCCUCAUUCCAGCUCUGGAAACUGGAGCGCAUCCUCCGAAAGCGGAAGGGCGAGUAUCGGAAGCGAGACGACCACCACCACGCAUCAGCCGAGAUCGACGACGACAGCCUCGAUCGGAACAUCAUCGACGUCAUUGAGUCACGUGAGGCGUUUCAAAGGGCGAGACACGUCCACCUCGUCCUCCGUGACAUCCGAGGGCACGUUGACCCCGGACAUCAUACAGGAUAUCGCCGUGGUGCCGUUCUCGGACGACGGCGAGACAUCGUCCGUGUAUUCCUGCGACACAGAGGGUUAUUACACCUCGUUCCACGUGGACUCAGGGUUGAAAACGCUGAGGGAGGAGGAUCCCGUCCCCCAGUGUCCGUUGAUGAAGUCGAACGAUGUCAGCUCCGAUCCUACCUCGCCCAUCAUCGAGAACGAGUACGAACUGUUCGGAAGGGGGUCCACGUCGACGACCACCAGCUCCGCGGGCACAGUUUGUACAGCUUUAAUGGCGCCGCCUCCGCCAGAAAGGAAUCUAGCCGUUCACGGGCCGAAUCAAAAUGGCGGCGAGUCGCCGGACAGCGGGCACAACACCUCGUCGUCCCCCGUGGAAUCGGCCUCGAGCCCCGCCUGCACCGGAAGAUCGUGCUCCGAAUUCGAGUACUCCGAGUCGAGCGAUCUCGAGGGUUGCGAGAGGAUCGAGAGGAUCCGUUCGAAGACCGCGAUCAACACUAGCCGUAUACCGUCCAUGUGCGUGAUCACGCCGCCCGGCUCGGACGACGAGCAACAGCACCACCACCACCGCGCGACGGAGACGAGUAAAAAGGCGGAGGGGGGGAGGAAGGGGGAUCUUCAAAGCGGCGGAUCGGUGCUGAUGUCGGCCACGGUCGGCACCUCGAAGAUGGAGGUGAUCAACGGCCAGGACAAGAACCUGUACGCGACGAUCCAGGUGUUGCCCUCGCCUAGCAGCGAGAAGCAGUGUAGCACGACGAUGGUCGGCCACCAGGCGAACAAGAUCAGCCCGUUGAGCGGCGUGCUGGGCAAGCUUCGUGGCGUGCUUCCGGGGAGAAAGCACGCGUUGAAGAGCGGCGUGCAGGAUCAUCAGGGGGGCGGGGGAGACUCCGGCGACUAUGUAACCAUAGCCGACGUGAGAAACAACAACGACAAGCGGCACCAGGAUUCGCCGUCGAACGCCCGUUCCCCCGUCACCUAUGCCAAUUCGGAUAUAUUCAAGAAGGACGCGGAAUACGUGAGCCUGAGCGAGUUGCCGAAGAAGCCGGACUCGUCUUUGGAGAGGAAGAGGCAGGGUGCCAGGGUCACGUUGGACUCGGAGGGCAAAGUCGUUUACUCGUCGGACAGCUUGAAGAGGAGAAAGGGGGCGCACACUACGUUCAAUCCAGGUGCGUGUGAUUGCGUCGGAGGCGAUGCAUCGUUGCUGGUGAUCCCCGAUUGA